CCUAAGAAAUCUAGAGAGCCCAUUUAGACUCUUUCUUUAAAAUCCCAUUUUAGUAGUCGACGAGAAACCCUAAAUCCCUAUCAACUCUUGCUUUCAGAAAGGUGUUCGAAGUCUCUGAUUUCGCCUCUCAGUAGAAAAGAUGUCUUCAGCCGGCGAAGCUGCUUGCUCUUACGCCGCAUUGAUUCUCUAUGAUGAUGGCAUCCCCAUCACUGCUGAGAAGAUUGCAACUCUAGUCAAAGCUGCAAAUGUCUCUGUUGAAUCUUAUUGGCCAAGCUUGUUUGCUAAGCUUUUUGAAAAGUGUAACAUUGAGGAUCUCAUAACCAAUGUUGGUGCUGCCGGUGCUGGUGCCGCAGUUGCUGCAGCUGCACCUGUUGCAGCUGGUGCUGGUGGUGGAGCUGCUGCUCCACCUCCUGCCGAGGAGAAGAAGAAGGAAGAGCCAGAGGAAGAGAGCGAUGAUGAUAUGGGAUUCAGUUUAUUUGAUUAGGAGCUCCUUUCAGUGUAUGAAUUGGUUGAUUACUGGUUCAUUGCAGUAAGCUAUGACAGUAGUUACCUAUUGAGUUUUAUUGAUUUUGGUAUAUGUACUUUUUUAGUGAAGUGGCACUAAGUAGUUUUUCAUUUUUGAAAUGUAUGUUUGAACCUUCUUAUAUAUAACAGUAUUCUAGAGCAAAUUUUGACA